AUUCCAUUGCGAUUGUGCUUUGUUGUUGUUGUUGUUUGAUUGACGUCAUCGUGAGAGGGAAAGAGUGUUGUGUGUUUGCAUCGGGAGACGGUAAUUGACAUGUGCGAGCGAUUUCGAGGCACAGGGCUUGAGUCAGAGUGCCGUCAGUGCCUGGAAUUGAGAGGGAUUUUAUCGUCUCGAAGUGGAGUUCGAUUUAUGAGCCGAUCGGUAGUGUUGAUGUGCGUCUUAGAACCUGGCAACGUUUUUGAGCUCGGUGCAGGGAGCAUCUUUGUUGUUGUAGGUUUUAUUUUUUAUUUUUAUUUUGAGACGAAGGAGGGGAAGUAGGUUUUGUGAGGUUUUCUCGAGGGUGUGGUUGGGAAGCGUAGUGCACAAAGGGUGGAGGGCGACGACGUGGCCUGGUUGUAGUUGAGGGUGCAGGUUUUCGAGUUGCGGUAGGUAGAGGUUCGGUGGAUUCAUCCGUGCUUAGAGGAUUGUAUACAAAGUUUUUAAAAUUGUGUAGUUCUUGAUGUGUUUUUGGUGAGGAUCGGCGGAUAGCUUCAGUUUCUUCAGGGAUUUUGUCAGAUAUUUACGUUCUUUGUCUUUGUUGUCGGCAGUGUUGCGUAUUGCACUGCUCAUACUAAAUUUGAGGAAUGAUCUGCGGUAGUGAACUCUCCCUGUGAUAAUCUUGCGACUGUGAUUGUGACAUUGCGUAUUUUAGGCAGGCCAUGAAUAGUUGUGGCAUUCUUGGCUUUUCCAUGCUACAUGCUUAAAUUACUCUUUUAUCUGGCGAUGUUCGUGCAGGUUGUCUCGUAGGUAUUGUAAGAGGGCAGGAUUUCAUCACCAGUUCAGCGGAGCUUGGGGAAAUUGGAGGGAUUGAUAUUUUACAGUUCCAUAGAGAGAUGGCUGCGAUGUUCGGUGUUUCGAGAUAUAGCAGCAGUGGGGUUGAGGAUCUUGUAUGUUGUUCGAUAUUAUGAUUCAAUGCUUGGAUCGUAAUGGAGGCGUGCAUCGAAGGAUCAAAUAGAGGAACAAAAUGCAGAAUUUUCGAACGAGUCCUUCUCGUUAGCCUAAUUUAAUUUCCUGUUACAGUCAGUAGAUAAAUAAUGGGGUGCAAAGUAUCCAAAAGCCGUGUAGAAUCGCAUGCACUAGAACUUCUUGGUUGUAGCAAACUCUCCCGAAGCUACUCAUCACCAAGUCAGGUGAUAGAUGGUGAAUAUUCUUAUAAAAAUCCGAGAACUGAUGUUGAUCAUGUAGUAUCCCUUACGUCGAGUACAUAUGGUUCAUUACGAUUAGACUCUCUGCCUCGAAGUGUGAACCGUGAGGGUGUGAAACCUCAUUCAAAUCAGAAGCACGUGGAAACUGUCCGUAUGUGGGGGCUCACAGAGCUUUUUGAAGAUGAGAAAGAAACAUCUCAAACUUUAUGGGGAUUGAUGGAAGAGUCAGGAGUUUCUGGACAUGAUAAUGGGAUGGCAUCAACAUUUCAUACAGUUGAAGAUGUGGAUAGUGUUUUAGAUGCUAGGAAGUCUGUUUUGAGAGACUAUCGUUUGCGAAAGGGUUCUUCGAUGGAGGCACUAGCUGUUGAUAAGUCGCAUGAAUUCGUAAUGGAUUCUGAUAAAAUGAGUACCACUUAUUCUGCCAUGUUACAGAAACGACGUGCACAAGCAGUGCAGGGUACUGAAGAAGCCAGAGAGUUAGAGUACUUAAGGAGGGAAAAUCUGUCUCGGAGUCGAGAGUUCAUUCCUACUGAAAAAAGUCGUGGUUUCCGAAGUCAGGAACUUGGUUCUGAAAGAAGGAACAAUCUUUCCCGAAGUCAGGAGUUUGCCAGGCCUCCUAUAGUUAAGCCUCUAGUAGGUGCUACACGUCGUAGUCUUGAUGAGAGUGAGAUUUUUAUGUCUCAACCUGACCUUGUGUUGAGAAGUCCUAUGUUAAAGGGCUUAGGUGGACACCAAAGGCCGAGAAGUCGCCUUAUUCAGCAGUCCUCUAUGUCGUCUGAUGUUAAUUCUGAAUGCAAAAGUAAAUUUUUGUUGCAGGGUCAUGUUCAGCCUGUUGUUGAGAAGACAACUACCUUGCCUAGAUCUGUUGACUCAACCAAGGGUAGUUUGAACUUCAGCUCAACUGACAAGAGGAGUCGAACUGGCCAACCAAAGACUGGAAAAGUUCUAGAGCCACGAGUUGCAUCUGCUGUAGCUGCACUUUCACGCCCGAGAGAGCAUAAGUCAUCAGUAACUGUCCAAGAUAUGCCUGGAAGAAAAACUGAGGUUUUUCAAGACCAGUCAUUUAUUGUAACAAAGACAAAUUAUGGUGCUCCGAAAACUUGUGAACAUGGGUUUGGUGCAUCUAUUGCACCUCAUGAUGCAAAAACUCAAGAACGACAAGAAAGUAUUGUGGAGGAUGCAAUUAUUGACGGCUAUGAACUUGUCACGAAGGCAGAAGUAAUUGAGGCAGAACGUCUGGAGAGUCCACCAUUGGAUCCAGAAUUGCUAGCGUCUUUCGAAGAAGCUUUAGAGAUGUUUUGUGCAGAUGACUGGUGCACUGUUCGGCUUGGUGAGGGUGAGGCAGCCGUAACUUCUGGAAGCAUCUCAGACCUUGAUAGUCCAUCUUGGCUGCGAGAUGCAUCCGACCUUCCUGACUACACUUCUACUAAGGUCAAGCUGAAUAAAUUCGAGAUCUUGGAAGACCAUGUGGAAAAACCCCACUCUCGUCCAGAGUCACUCAAGAAAGUCCCGUCAUUGAAGGUUGCACCAAUGGAUACUGAAGAGCAGAAAAUGAAAAUAAACGCUUUGGAGAAAGAUGAGAAGUGUCCUCCAGGUGGGAAAGAGCGAUGUGUUUUGUACACCACAAGCUUGCGCGGCAUACGAAAAACCUUCGAGGAUUGCAGCCAAUUAAAGACUAUUUUGCAAAAUUCAAAUGUUCAAAUUGAUGAGAGGGACAUAGCAAUUCAUGCAGAAUUUCGGCAUGAAUUGACAAAACUCCUUGGAAGAGCAGCACCUGUUCCAAGGUUGUUUAUCAGAGGCAAGUAUAUUGGAGGUAGAGAGGAGGUUAGUCAACUGCAUGAAGAUGGAAUUUUGAGCAUGUUGCUUGAAGAUCUACCCAAGCAAGGCGCCCAAGCUAUCUGUGAAGGUUGUGGUGGAGUGAGGUUCAUCCCAUGUUCAACUUGCAGUGGAAGUUGUAAAGUGAUCACUGAAGAAGGUAAGUUCACUUUCUGUAAAGAAUGCAACGAAAAUGGGCUGAGUAGAUGCCCUCUGUGCCUUUGAUUGUAAGGUACAUCGAAGCCCUAUACGAUUGUGUAUAAAAACUUGUAUAGUAUCUGAAGCUUGUAGCAGAGGUGUGGCGCUGUCUUACUGAUCAUCAUCUGCUCUUUGUAUUGAAUUUAUGCGAGGUUCGGUAGUGAUGAUGUGUUCAUUAAGUGAAGUUUAAAAACAAUUCACCUACAAGUUUUCAUGUUUUCUUCGAUCGAUUGUGCAUGUGUGACAAACAUUUAUAUAUUGUUGUUACACAAAAAAAGAAAGCAUUUGAGAGGUCUCUGCCAUUUAACACUUCCA